AUGUCCUCUUCCAAAGCAAAGCCCAGCUCUUCCCAAUACGAGCCCCUUCCGCUAUGCGACGAUGGCGAGGGCUCUAGUGCAAAUGCUGAAAAGCGCCUUUCCUCCGAGGACGACUACUCUGCGCCUUUGCUGGAAGCCUCAGGCGACCUGCCCGCCUUCGCGGCAUCCAAUCCUUCCCCGCUGCCCAAGCUCAUUCUCUGUUUCUCCUUCGCUCUGGCGCUGCUGUCAGCUGCGAAUAUUGCUCUCCUUCCUGCCACACUAUCAAAAUACCAGGCUCACCCCCCCUCUGACUCGGAACUCGAGGCCCUCCCCUACGGCGACGCUAGGCUGGGAUUGGACCGAGUUUCGGAGUUCAUGCCCCCCCGACCAAUCUAUCACCACUCUUGGCCGGAUAGAAUUGCACGGGUGAGCCGGAAGUUGAAGAAUGCCGUGUGGGGUCAGGGGGUACAGGUCUACAUCACUGUCGAGCUGCUGACCCAGAAUAAGGACUCGACAAUCAUGCGCUUCCCCGUCCCGUCCACCAGCGUCAACACCUGUGCGCUCUCCUGGCGGCCACCUCCCGAGCUCUCCGCGCGCACCAAGGACCUCACAACCAAGGGGGAUAUAACGGAAAUUGAAGUCUGGCAGCUUAUCGCACCCUCGGCCACCAGCUUUUCGAGCAUGGACGAGCUCGACUACGACACUGUGUCGUAUUCGACUCUCCCCGUGCGCGGAGAGCUGCUGGGCAUGCUUGACCUCACACACAGGCCGAACAGCACAACACGGGAGUUUGCGUGUCCGAGCGGGGGGGAAAGUCUUGUGGUGGAGAUGAGGUGCCAGCGCGUGGCUUGUCAUGUAGAUUUCAUGCAGAUUGAUAUGGCGCCAAUGUUUGGCUUUGAGUUGGUGAGAAUGAAGGCAUUAGCAGCCCGAUCCCUCUCAGUCGUCUCAUACUCGCACACAGCCCUCCUCGAUCCCAUCAUGUCUACUCAGCUCGACGCCGCCUCCAUCGCCCGUCUCUCUCUACACGACGAAGCCCACUUCGACAUUCAGUACUCCCAAACCCUUCACCGCCUGGUGCUCCUGCAGCACUGGAACAUCCCCGCUGGCUCCAAGGUACUGGAGCUGGGAUGCGGGCAGGGAGACUGCACGAUUGUCCUCGCCAGUGCCGUGGGCGAGCAGGGAACGGUGGUGGCUGUAGAUCCGGCCGACUUGGAAUAUGGUGCACCGUAUACUCUCUGCCAAGCACAGGGCCACAUCUCGCAAGGCCCGUUGGGUAGGCAGAUUACUUGGGUCCAACAGGCGCCUUUGGAGUACCUCUCCUCCCUCCACCCCUCUUCCGGCUCCUCAAAGCCGAUCAAUGAAAGCAAGACCUUUGAUGCAGCAGUGCUUGCCCACAGCCUAUGGUACUUUGCCUCCCCCUCGCUCAUUCUUGCCACCUUGCGUGCUAUUAAGCAGCAUAGCAAGCGACUCCUCCUUGCUGAGUGGUCGUUGAUGGCGACGCACCCUUCUGCCCAGCCUCACGUACUAGCUGCGCUUGCCCAGGCGGCGCUGGAGCGCCAUGAGCCCAGGGAAAGCGUCUCCAACGUCCGCACGAUGUUGGGGCCAAAGCGGCUUAUCGAGCUGGCCGUGGCGGCCGGGUGGCAGCUGGAGAGUGACACACACAGGGUGAGGAAUCAAUCCACGAAAUCCACUGGUUGA